GUCUGUUGAGUAUGCAGGCCAUGGAAAAACUAGGACAUUUUCAAACUUCCCGGAAUUGUGUACAGAUCCUUACGAAAUGGGGCCGUGCAUUGUCGUGAAACACGAGGUGAUGGCAGCGGAUGGAUGGCGUGACAAUGGGCCUCAGGAUCUCUUUACGGUAUCUCUAUUUAAAUUGCUAUCGAUAAAAUGCAAUUGUGUUUGUUGUCCAUAGGGCAACCUGUUGAAACCGUUAACAUCAGCAAACCACUCGCCCACGCGGCGCAAUACGCAUGGUCUGCGGUUGUGAGGCCUGUUGGACUUACUGCCAAAUUCUCUAAAAUGACGUUGGAGGCAGAUUGUUGUUGAGAAAUUAACAUUCGAUUCUCUGGCAACAGCUCUGGUGAACAUUCCUGCAGUCAGCAUGCCAAUUGCACACGCCUUCAAAACUUGAGACAUCUGUGGCAUUGUGUGACAAAACUGCACAUUUUAGUGUGGCCUUUUAUUGUCCCCAGCACAAGGUGCACUUGUGUAAUGAUCAUGCGAUUUAAUCAGCUUCUUCAUAUGCCACACCUGUCAGGUGGAUGGAUUAUCUUGGCAAAGCAGAAAUGCUCACUAACAGGGAGGUAAACACAACAUUUGGACAGAAAUAAGCCUUUUGUAUGUAUGGAACAUAUCUGGGAUCUUUUAUUUCAGCUCAUGAAACAUGGGCCAACACUUCACAUGUUGCAUUCAUAUUUUUGUUCAGUGUAGUAUAAGUCUGCAAAAAAGACUUUCAUUAAGCAAUAAGGCCCGAACAGGUGUGGUGUAUAUAUGGCCAAUAUACCACGGAUAAAUCCUGUUCCUGGGCACAAUGCAACCCAAAGUACCUGGAUUCAGCCCUUAGCCAUGGUACUGUAGACAGGUGUGUGCCUUUCCAAAUCAUGUCCAAUCAAUUCAAUUUACCACAGGUGGACUCCAAUCAAGUUGUAGAAACAUCUCGAAGAUGAUCAAUGAAAAUAGGAUGCACCAAAGAUACAUUUCCAGUUUCAUAGCAAAAAUAUUCAGGAGGGAAUAGAGGGAAUAAGGAGUCAGGAGGGAAUAAGCAGGAAAUAAGCAGGGUCAGGAGGGAAUAAGCAGGAAAUAAACAGGGUCAGGAGGGAAUAAGCAGGGUCAGGAGGGAAUAAGCAGGGUCAGGAGAGAAUAAGCAGGGUCAGGAGGGAAUAAGCAGGAAAUCUGACAUUCUCUAUUCAGGAUUUCUGGGAACACCUGGGAAUUUUGUAAUCCUAGUUAACAAAUGUAUUAAUAUUAUAUUGUGUGUGUAUAUAAACUAGACAAUACUUAAUGAGGAACUUGUUUUGAAUAUCAUUUGCAAUGAAGAAAAUCCAUGUUUUUACCUUAACUUUCAAAACUAGUGUAAUUAAGUCGUUUUAUCACCAGAACUGUUUUUUAGCAACAAACAAGAUGGAAGAAAAGGAUGGAGGGAGUCAGUCAGCCAUUGCCUCAAAGUCAUUAAAGAAGAGAGUGAGUAACUGCAGAUGUCCGUACUACUGCCAAUACUCUAUCACUCUAAUCACUCCAUAAUUCUGUGUUGGCUUAUUAGGAAAAAAGGAACAUGCUGUAUGUUGGUAGGUCGAUUAUUCACUUUUCAAGAAGUCACCACUGUUGUUACAUUUUCACUAUUAAACAUUUUCUUGAAGAGUUUGUCUCAGCACAAAUACUUGUGAAAUAGGGGAAAUGGAAAAACUGAAAUAACUCCUACAAAAAAAGGAACUUGACUCUUGCAUCAUAAAACAGCAGUUCCACAUAACAGUUCCACAUUUGGAUUGUAGCCACUUUAACAACUAGAGUUCGCUCCAAGUUGAUAAACCCUCAGUGAAGGAGUUAUUAGACCAGCAGGGACCCAGAGACAAUUGGGACUGACAGUCAGAGUGUGUCAGAUAUGGAGGAUGAUGAGUGCUGGGUCCAGCUGGAGGAAUACAGACUGCUGCUGACAAAGACCAUUGAGCCGUCGCAAAUCACUCCCUACCUGCGGCAGUGCAAGGUGCUAAGCUGUGAUGAUGAGGAGCAGAUAUUCAAUGACCCCAAUCUGGUCGUCCGCCGACGCAAAGUAGGUGCACUAUUGGAUAUUCUUCAAAGAACUGGACACAAAGGCUAUGUGGCAUUCCUCGAGAGCUUGGAGCUGGACUAUCCUCGACUGUAUCACAAAAUUACUGGCAAAGAACCUGCCCGGGUCUUCUCCAUACUAGUUGACACGGUGGGUGAGUCAGGACUGACUCAGUUCUUGAUGAAUGAGGUCACACGUCUGCAGAAGGGACUGCAGGAGGAACGCCGGCGCAGACAAGAGGCCGCUGCGGCUGCAGCCACGCAGGAGGACACUGUCCGCCAGCACCAGGUUAGGGAGAGGGAGUUGCGGAAGCAGCAGGAGCGCGUACAUCGUAUGCGGGAAGAGAAGGACCGGCUGUGGGAGGAGGUACGCCACCUGAAGGACAAGAACUACAGCCUGAUGCACGAUGUUACCAAGCUGAGCGAAGAGAAGAACAGUGCCCUCAUGUCCAACCGUGAUCUGCAGCUGGAGAUAGAGAAGCUGAAGCACUGCCUGAUGAACGCGGAGAGCGACUCGAAAAUCAGAACUGUGAAACUGAAGAACGCCAUGGAGCAGAGACCCAGCCAGGACAGGAUGUUGCAGCUCCAGAGACACAAUCAUCUGCUCACAGCGCGCAUCCAGGAACUGGAGGCGUCUGCUCAGGGGACAGCUCCAGCCCCCUUGGAUCAAGAGAGGCUGAGCGCUGAAAGUCUGGAGGACUACAAGCAGCACUCUCAGGCUCAGCACCAGGAGCUGGUCAACAACAUCUACACCCUGCGUAAAGAUCUGCACGAUGCUGAGGCACUGCGGGAUAGGUACUUGGAGGCGAACGAGGUUCUUGACUUGAAAUGCACGACAUUGAAGAAGGAUGCCAAAAUGUAUCGUGACCGAAUGGAGGGUAUCCUGAAACAGACGGAUGAGGUUAUCAGGGAGAGAGACAAGGCCAUCGCCUCACGAGAGGAGUACCACCAGGAGAAUUGCCGGGGCCUCCAGGAGAAGGACCAGUACCGGAAACAGAUUCGGGAGCUGGGUGAGCGCUGUGAUGAGCUGCAGGUCCAGUUGUUCCGGACAGAGGGAGAGGUUAUUGCGCUACAGACCAGGCUUCACAGACACACCUGCUCCCAACAUGAUAAAAGCCAGACCAGUGAGGAAGACUGCAAAGAUAAAGUAACCAAAGCUAGUAGCGUGGAGCUGCAAAGUCCGACAUCAGGGGAGUAUGAUGUGUGCAUUGCUUCGCAAGACCACCAGUUGUGUGCAGGAGGGCCCAGGGAGGAGAAUAUCUCAGCAGAAAGAGCUCCAUCAGUGGAUGAGGUCUUAGGUUGUAGCAAGCCCAGAUCGAGGUGUAACAUCUACUACAGAAGGAAACGUGUCCUUAGGUCAAAGCCCACAUGGAAGGAACACACACCUUGUCACCUGGACAACAGCAGUGGAAGUGACAACACUGACACGGAUGGGAUGUGACUGAGAGAGGGGGAACAGAGGGGCUGGGUGACAUGGCAAGGACCUUGAGACACAGGCUAGUUUACAUUCUUAAACAAAACAUGUUUCAUUAUUAAAUCAAUUGAAAUAAUCAUUUUGUUGAUAUCAUGAAUACGUUUAAUCUUUAUAUUUUUCCAAUAAUAUUUGUGUAUUUUGAACCGUGAUUGCAUGAUGAAUGUGUUUCUGUAUUCAAGUUAUUUGUACGAGAGACGGUAUCAACACCUUCCUCUGAUGUCUUUGCUUGUAUCUCUUCAUGUGCAUUUUAGAAGAAAUGCAAAAGCAGAGGAAGUGGGGGUAAUGAAUGGCAAAGAAAAGUAAAGAUACAAUUUGUAUAGAAAUCUUUGAUAAAGAGGCACACUUGCACUUUGUCCACAAAAUGCAGACACUGUUUGGAAUUUAUGGACACAAGAAGUUACAAUCUUUGCAUUUUGUGUCACGGAAUAAAAUGUUUUCACAAAAUGUU